AAAUCAGUAAUCCUUCUUUGCAAAGAUGAUAAGUGGGCUGAGAAAGAAAUCAAAGAAACAUCACAUUUCAUAAUAGUUACAAAUAACAUAAAACAUCUCAGAGUAACUCCAAUCCAACAAGUGGAAGACUUAUAUAACAAGAACUAUAAUCUUUGAAGAAAGAAAUUGAAGAGGAUCUCAGAUCUUAUCUGGAACACAAGCGAGAGUGCCUCGUAAUAUUUAAUCAUUUAUUAAUGUUGUCCAAGUAAAUCAUUGUCAAGGAUUGCUGUUUCUUCAUGGUUCAAGUACACGCCCAACUGAGGGAGCAGAUUUAACACAGUCUCACUUCCUCUUUUGUCAGAAGAGCUCAGAUUCUCAUCAGUUGGGUUGCCUCAAGCUGAGCUUCUCCCAUGGCUCCUGCAGGUUUCCCAGCCUCCCUUUCUCUGUGUGUAUGUCUGCUUCUGGUGUGUGGCUUUGCCCAGGCAGGCAGGCUGCUGGUGGUGCCCAUGGAUGGGAGCCACUGGUUCACCAUGCAUUCAGUUGUGGAAAAGCUCAUCCACAGAGGGCAUGAGGUGGUAGUAGUCGUGCCUGAGGGGAGCUGGCAACUGGGAAAAUCCAUGAAUUUUACAGCGAAGACGUACUCAACUUCUUACACUCUGGAGGAUCUGGACCAGAAGUUUAAGUAUUUUUCUCAUACUCAAUGGAAAACUCCAGAAGAAAGUAUACUCUCUUUAAUGACAGGCUCAGCCAAAGUUUUUUAUAAAUUAAUGUUUCCCCACUGUAGAAGUUUGUUUAACGACAAGAAGUUAGUGGAGUACUUGAAGCAGAGUUCUUUCGAUGCUGUGUUUCUGGAUCCUUUUGAGCUCUGUGGCUUAACUGAUGCCAAGUAUUUGUCAGUCCCUUCAGUGAUGUUUACAAGAUAUUUCUUUUGCCACUAUCUUGAAGAGGGCACCCAGUGUCCCAGUGCACUGUCCUAUGUUCCCAGACUUUUCUCAAAACUUUCAGACACCAUGACUUUCAAGGAGAGAGUGUCGAACUUUGUUUUUUACAUGGAAGAGCGUGCAUUUUGCCACUACCUGUUUAAAACUGCUACAGACAUUGCCUCUGAAGUUCUCCAGAGCCCAGUGACGCUGGAAGACCUCUUCUCCCAGGCGUCUAUUUGGUUGUUACGCACCGACUUUGUGUUAGAUUUCCCCAAACCUGUGAUGCCAAACAUGAUGUUCAUUGGUGGGCUCAACUGCCAACAAGGAAAGCCACUUUUUUUUAUGUUGUCUCUCUUUAGCACAUGAAGAAAGGCCUGUUUUCGGGCAAUGAAAAGGAAAUUCUUUCCUGAGCUAUGAUUUGCUGUUUGCUUCACUGUAGAAGGAAUUUCUUCCUGGGUUAGACAAGUAUUUUGUGUCAUUCACUAAUUAAGAAGAAAUUCUUUAUAGGUGCUCUAUUGAUUAGAUGUGUAUACCUGUGACAUAUUUGAAUUAUACACUCUAAGCUAUCAUCUGAUUAUAUAUACUUGUGCCUUCCUAUUUGUGUUUGGGUGUCAGAAAAUUGGAAAGGUGAAGGGAGAGAAAACUUUUCUAAAGAGAAACUAUGACAGGAAUGAUAGACAUGUCACAUGAACACAGAAAGAAUUUUCAGCAGUAGGAUGAGGACAUAUGGAAGGGAAGACUGGGGAAAUGCUCCUCGACAGAAGAAUGGAUAAGGAAAAUGUGAUACAUUUACACAUUGGAAUACUACACAGCAGAAAAAAAUAAUGACAUGUUGAAUGUUGCAGGAAA